AUGGCAUCCACCAAGCCAACACGUAGUGGUCGUGCUCCAAAGCUACCAGGUGCACUUAAAGAUAGUGAUUCAGAAGACGAAAAUCGUUCAAACAACAAAAAGUUUGGUUUUAUCUAUUUUCCGGAUGAACGAAGACAUGCUGUAACAUCACUAAAUAGUGUUGAACAAGGUGAAAAUAAAACAGUACGUGUACGUAGUGGUGGUAAAUGGUAUGAAGGUCUUCUAUUGUAUACCGGUGAGAAAAUCGCUUACUGUGUUGUUCGCUGCUCAACGAUGUGUUGUUAUUUCCGCUUUUUAGGCACUAAAGCUGAAUGUAAUCGACAAACAUUUGAAUUGCCAUUCCAUUCCGAUGGAGAAUUGAGCGAUAUUGAUCGUCGAUAUGGCUUAACGACCGAAGCACCAGGUGCAUGUCGACAAGUUCAAAAAUCAAUAGAAACAGAAAAAGAUGUUGAAUUAGAAUGUGCUAGAUUGUCAUUAGAGAAUGUGCUUCAAUCAACAAGACUUGACAAUGAAAUUGACAGCUUUCUUGAUCAACGAAUAUCAAAGAGAAAAGCUAAAAAAAUAGAGAAUACUGCACCAACAAUUGGUGGAAGUGAUGUAACGCGAUCAGAUCGCCGAAUUACACCACAACUUGUAACAAGUUCAAUAAGGUACGAAGCAGCGCGAAAAUUUGUACAACCAAUGAGCGAUGAUAGUGAACAAAUAAAAGUUCAAUUAAGAACAAUUGAAAAUAUGCAAGCUCAAACGAAGAGAGAUGUUAAAAGUGUUAAAGAUUUGUUGUUAUUAUUGAUCAUCGAAGGGGUCGAUGUACGCCAUAUUCGUGGAGCAGAUAGUCAAAGAUAUUUGUACAAUAUUGUAUCGAAAGUAUUUGGUAAAAACCUGACUGACGCAAGUCUGCCGGAUUAUAAAGAAAGAAAAGAAAAAAAAGCUUUACCAGACGAAACAAUGGAUAAGAUACAUGAAGCUGUGCGUUAUCGAUUUAAAAUUUCAAAAGAUGAAUAUAACCGUCAAUGGCAUGAGCGUAAUCGUCGUUUAUUUGGACAAUGGUUGAACGAUUAUGGUACUCGUUUAAAUGAAUCAUUAAAUAAAACAACCUCAUCAACAACAUCGCAGCGUCGUGCUCGAUCACCUAACGAUAGUAUUGUAUCAACCGGUAAACGCCAACAUACUGCGACUGACGGAAGUAGUAAUGGUCGAAAUGAAGAUGAAGCUAAUGAUCCUUGA